AGGAAUACCACUUGAUCGCCAAUCAUCAUUUACUUGAAUAAUUGAAAUUCUGCGCGACGGCAUCUCUAGUGGGAUACCGAGGUAUAUUCCGAAGGAUUUAACGAACACAACCCGAUAUCACGAUAGAAAUUUGGAGUGGUGAUAAUUUAUCCAGAAGCGAUAGAGGAAGUUUAUGCGGGUACUGUAUUGAAUUGGAGUGAGAAAGAACUGGUACAAGAUUUUUUCACACAGCAUCACUUCUGUUGAGUGUUUGGGACUCUUGUGGUUUUGAGCUGGAAAUCCCGGGUUGGAAACCUUAGACUACAUUACGGCUCUGGAAUCACCGGGGGAAAAAAGUGUUCAGGGAGGUUUCAGUUGGUUUGAUUGAGAUCAUUCGUAUUCGCAUUUCCAUACGGAAGAACAAAGAAUCUCGACGAGCGUCGAUAAUACCAAUAUAACAUCAAGGGAACGCCCAACAUCUUGAGGAUUUCACGACCCAGAGAGGACGAGCGAUAAAAAUACACAUUAUCAAAUUCACUAAACCCACUCUUUAGAAGAUGUGUAUCUACAUCAUAACCCACCACGCUUGUCCACACACCUCUCUCUUACUACAGGAACGAUGUCCGGGAUCACUGAGUAGAAGAAUGAGCUCUGGGGGUGGGAGAUACGAAAGUCCGCCUUGUAGAUUCGACAGGGAACGAUUUGAGAGGUGGAAGAGGGAAGCAGAGGGCCUGGAAACUGAUGAAACCCUGGCGACUCGGGAAAGGAGGGACGAAGGAAAGUGGAUAAAGAAUGGAGGCAGAAAGUUGGAAAGUGAGUUCAGGGAAAGGUGGGUGGAAGGACUUUGUGUCAAGUGUAAGGCAGAGAAAGAGGGCAGUCGGGUGCUAGCAAGAAAAUCUUCAUUUGCGGAAAUCGUAAAGAAUCUCUUGAGUAUCGAUCGAGAAUUGCAGGUGCAGAGACUAAGUGUGCACUCGGCAAGUGGAAGGGGCAAGUCAGGAAUUCCUCCUGUUCCACCUGUUCCUAUGAUUGGAAAAAGGAGGGGAAUGCGAUCAUGUCCUUAUACGCACUCAAAAUACACACCCAUCUCCGUCUGUCCUCGCGCCAAAGAAAGACAGAAAAUUUGUCCAUGGGAAACUGCAAGGUUUGGAAUCGGUGCCGAAACCGGACUUGCACAGGUGGUUGAGGAGAAAGGAAGUUGUGAAGGGUGUGCGAGGGGUGCGAGAAAGAGUAGAGAGAGGGUUAGAGAACAGAUGGUUGGUAUGGGGAUUAGACGAGGAAGAAGUUACGAGGGAAAAGGGAAAGGUGUUGAGAAUGCGGAGACGGAGGUGCAGAGACAUGUAGAUGACCCGCAGACGCUGGGUAAAAGGUCUAAAGACAAAUAUGAUGGUAGAGAACACCAUUAUUCAUCAAGCUAUGAUGUCCCGGCGGGGUGGUGUGAUUUGGGUUUAGAGAUGUAG